AUGAUUGGCAGGUCGUCUUCGCCACUCGAUGUGAGUGGUAUAGCAAGUAUUCAUGGGGAAGUUGUUCCGGCCGAAGACGACAAACAGUGGUUGAAACAUCCAGAUCAGAUCCAAUUAGCCGCAUAUGCAGCAAUACUAACUGCUGCUGGAUUCAAUGGCAAAAUUACUGACAUUCGUAAAACAUAUAAAGGCGACAGUGUAAUUGCAAUUCAAUACAUGGCAUUUUUAAGAAAAACAAAUUUCAUAUCGGAUAAUUACAUGAAGAAGUUUGCCGUACAACGUAUUGAUUUUCCUUUACAGGAUUGGACUAAAGACGAUGAAAAUCAUUCAACCAGCGUUAGUCCCGAAGAUAGUCUAAUAAAUUGGGGUGACGAUGACCAACUGUGGAUAAAAGAAACAAAUCAGAGCGAAUUAGAAAUUGCAAUUGAAUACAUGGCAUUUUUAAGAAAAACAAAAUUCAUAUCGGAUAAUUACAUGAAGUUGUUUGGCGUACACAAAAUGAAUUUUCCUAAUAUAAAUUGGACUGAAGAUCCUCCGAAAAAGGAUUAUGCAAGCACAUCCGUUUGGAGACAUUAAUAGAUUAUAUUUAUACAAGAUUUAUAAAAAAAAUUUUACUAUAAAAUCAAUAAUGACAUUUAAAAUGUUAAUUUUAUACAUCAUUUUAUAUAUAAUGAUGUCAAUGAUUUUCAAUUUUCAUAAUAUAAAUUGUAUGCUAAUUAACUAAUUCAUAAACGAGUAAUUACAAUAAUCAUUAAAUAUUACUUGUUUUAAUACAUUAUUGAUUCAUUGAAAUAAAUGAAGACGUUUUAUUUUA